AUGAAUGUCAAUGACUUGAUUUCAGCCAAUGGUGAAAAGGUGCCCAAAAUGCUGACGACUGCUUCUAUUUCCAGUGAUUCAAAUUGUGUUUUUCACAAUCUUUAUAGUGAACCUUCAGAAAUAACAGGUUUUGGGAGUCUCACUCCCAAAAAUCGAGAUGUGGGAAACAUCGAUGGAAGAUUCAUUUCUAUGGCUGAAGCCUCAUCCAAGGAAAUUCGUGAACAAAUAGAUAAAGGAGAUGCUGUAAGAAAAAAAACAUUGUCUAUCGAAAAUUACACUCGGCAGAGGAAAUCAGAAUCAUGUCAGAACAACUCAAUUAAUGAGGAUAAUUCAAUUGAUGUAAACCAAGUAGAAGAUCCUGAGCUUUCUGAACAAAUACGUAAAGAGUUAAGUGAUAUUUCUGCACGGUUAUCAAGUUUAUCUUCAAAUCCUUCUGUUCCCAUUUGGUAUCAGUCAGAGGAUAAUAAUGUAUCACAUGAAAUAGGCUUUCAACGAAGCACACCUUUAUCAGACAAAACUAUCGCACCACAAGAUUCGUUUUCAGAAGUCAUCUCAAAUAAACAACAGAAUUUAUUUGUAUAUAAUAAAACUGACUUGACGUCUGAUACAUCUAAUCACCUCAAAUAUUCAAUUAGUCGACUUUCUAACGACGACCAGUUCAAAGUUAAUUACAGACAUAAAACAUUGAAUAGAGACAACUUGGAUUCACUCAGGAAGCUGAAACGCUAUCCAACAGCCGGAAAAAAUUCUAUAGCAAACAAGAAAUAUACAAAAACUAUUUUUCCUAACAAAAGUUGGAUAAAAGUACCUCAAAAUUUAUUAAUUAGUGCUGCUGAGGGUCUACAAGAACUUUUUCGCGAUUCAUCAUCUGAUGAAUCUCUUGAUUGCUCUUUACUAAAAUUUGAUAUUCAAAAUUCUACUCAGAACUUAAGUGAUAGCAGCAGUAGUACCGAAAGUAGUAAACAUACUUACACUAUGGAAAGUCCGUCUGAAUAUUUGGACAGAAAACUGGAUCUCGAACAAAUGGAGGGAAGUUAUCACUCCGCAAUUUCUAACAAUUCAGCAUCUAAUUCAGGUUCGCGUAUUCAUGAAACAACUGACUAUUCAACUAGUAAUGGAACUUUCACUAGACCCCGCCUACCUCAUUCUGUUGUUCCGAAUGCAGAUUUGUACCUGAAGACUAAUAGUAAUAAUUGUGGUUCAACCAAAGAAAAGUCAUCAAAUCAUCCUUUAAAAAUGAAUGACUUAUUAUCACUUCAAGAAUUGGACGAUUAUUUGUUUGAUACACAAAAAUUAGUUACACAACUUGAGCAAAAAAUGGCAAAUGAUAAGUCUGAAAAGGCGAUUUCUCAAAAACAGCUGACUGUUAAACAGAAUGAGAUGAUCUGCUCCGCUGAAGAUUACGAAGUAGCGAAAGCAUUAAGCAAUGCUGAUCAACUGCUUGGAUCAACUGUUAAUAAGCGUUUGUCAGCCAUUCUCCAACGACGACAAGACAGACAAAAAGCUUACACCUCAGGUUUGGAACAGGCAAAAAAGAUGCUGAAUGGAUUUAAUGGGAUUCCUGAAGAGAAGAUUAACAGGUCACGUAGAACAGCUCAGUCUGUGGUGGCAUCUCGACCACAAUCUCAGCAACCAACGUCUCGAUGUACGAAAAACUCUCAUGCACCUCCUUGUGACCAACCUUCCGUACCGUUGAGAAAUGCAUCCGAGACGCGUCGUAAUCACUCCAAAUUAUCGCAUAAUUCAUCCAACUUUCCAAUCUCGGUAGAAAAAUCUACAAAAUCGUUCUUUUCUCAGAAAACAGUCAGUAUUGAUCGUUAUGGUAUUUCCCAUAAUCACUCAUCAAUCUCAUCUACACCUGAAAGUUCAAGACAUCUAGGCGUUGAUGCUAUAAAAACAAGCAAAAUGUUAGCUGCUCUCAACUGGCAACGUCGUAAAUCCUAUGAUCCAAAACAGUUUCUUAAUAAAUCAAGUGGAAAUUCUACAGCUCGUUCACAAAGUCGGCCGCCAAGGGACGAUGAUAUAAUGAGUAUAUCUACAGAUAGCAAUCCCAAAAGUUGUAUCACUAGCCAUUCUGUUCACCCAAAGCAUAAAUUAACUGUUACUACCCGUCGGACAGCACCUGUAGAUACAGCCGACUGUAUAGCAGCGAUGGAGAUUGUUAAACAAAUAAAACUCAAUAAUACGUCAAAAGGUGUUGUCGACUAUUGCAACAAAAAAACUGACCACUGUGUAAAUGAUUCAAAUCGCAAAAGAUUGACAGGUCAACAUAAUCAAGAAUUUGGCGAAAUCGAGUCAAAACUGACCACUUCAGGCGGAAAGUCUAAUGCAUUUGAAUCUCGUUCGAAGACAAAGCAAACCAGCAAAAAUAAUUCGGUUUUUGAUGGAUCUAAACAUUCUAUUCGGCAUCAAAACUCGAAUGAAAAUAAAACUGUAAAUAAACAAUUUCCAUCUGUUGUCACUGCUCGUUUACCUACACACCAACAAAGGCCCAAUGGUCAUACUACAGUAAGAAUAGCUUCUCAGUCAUGCACCCGUGAAUGGAAUUAUGCCGAUCAAUCAAAUUCCCCUAAAGUGAUCUCUACUGAAUCUACUGAUAAGAAUAAAACUCCUAAUCAAGAUGAGGUGAAUUAUCCUGACAUUGCAGUUGAAUCAGUCAAAUUUAAAAUAGAGAAACUAACAAAUUUCAUUGUUCGGUUACGAAAACGAAUUGAGCGUGACUAUGCAGAACAUGGUACUUGUUCACCAGGUGAUGAUGUUUUUGGUGAUGAAGCUGUAGGGGCUGUUGUUGCAGGUAGACCAACGGGAAUGCAUCCUGUCGUUGCAACGUGUCUUCAGAAUCUACGCAUACUUGAAGUAAAUGCUCAAGAAAUAUUUAGUCUACUUUAUCCAAAUGAAGUCGAUUUUUGGGAACCAGCUAGAGUAUGUUUACUAGAAGGUAAAGAUGAUGAAAAGCUUUUCAAUGAUGCACGUAGUCAAAUUACUGAACAUUUAUCUAGUUCUAUUGAAACAUCAGGAAAACCUAUAGAAAAUACCGGUACUGUUCAAUGUAAAAUUUCUAGUCCUUUAGAUUGCCUUUCUGAUAAACUUGAAAUUACCAAAGAAUUAGAUACACUAGGUGAUGCAGAUUUAAUAUGA